CAAGACAACUCUGUUGUAGAAGAAAUAUGACAAAAACAGAGCUAUGUUAUUUAUUUUUGGUUCUUGUUGUUGCAGAGCCUGCAAUAGCUGGUUCACCAGUGAAGUUUCUUCCAGGUUUUAAAGGACCCCUUCCUUUUCAACUUGAAACUGGGUAUGUAGGAGUUGGUGAUUCAGAAGAUGUGCAAUUAUUCUAUUAUUUUAUAGAGUCGGAGUCUGGAUAUCCAGACUCCGACCCUCUAAUGCUUUGGAUCACUGGAGGACCUGGUUGCUCUGCUCUAUCUGGCCUUAUCUAUGAGAUUGGACCAAUAACAUUUGAGGCAGUGGAAUACAAUGGAAGUUUGCCUACAAUGAUACUGAAUCCUUACUCAUGGACAAAGGUGUCAAGUAUUAUUUUCUUAGACUUACCGGUGGGAACUGGUUUUUCCUACGCGACAACUCCAGCAGCUCUACAAACAUCUGAUUUACAAGCAAGUGAUCAUGCAUAUCAGUUCCUUCGCAAGUGGUUUGUAGAUCAUCCAACAUUUCUAAAGAAUCCAUUAUACAUUGGUGGAGACUCGUACUCGGGGAUGGUUGUUCCCAUUAUUAGUCAAAUUAUUGCCAGUAAUGAUGAAAUGGAAAUCAAACCAUUUAUCAAUCUCAAGGGAUAUUUACUCGGAAAUCCAUCGACAUUUGAAGGUGAAAACAGUUAUGAGAUUCCAUUUGCUUAUGGAAUGGGACUUAUUUCUGAUGAACUCUAUGAGUCUCUGAAAACCAAUUGUAAAGGAGAAUACCUGAAUAUAAAUCCAAGCAAUAAACUGUGUUUACAAGAUGUUCAAACUUUUAAAGAGCUUCUUAAAGGAAUUAAUAAACCCCAUAUUUUGGAGCCCAAAUGUAAGCGUUUUUCGCCAAGGCCACACCAAUUGUUUGGCGAAAGAAGAUCUCUUGAUGAGAAGUUACAUCAACUUAACAAUCUUCCUGGACUUAUAAAAUGUCGCAAUAAUUGGUACAAACAUUCUUAUCAUUGGGCUGAUGAUGAUCAAGUUAGAGACGCCCUCAACAUCCGGAAGGGGACUAUCGGAAAAUGGGAGAGAUGUGCAACUUUGAAAUUCCAAAAGAUAGUCACUAAUAGCAUACCAUAUCAUGAAAACCUCAGUAGCAAAGGUUACAGAUCUCUUAUAUACAGUGGAGAUCAUGACAUGAUUGUUACCUUUCGAUCAACUCAAGCAUGGAUAAAAUCUCUUAACUAUUCAAUUGUCGAUGAUUGGCGAGCUUGGACUGUUGACAAUCAAGUUGCCGGUUACACAAGAAGUUACUCAAAUCAGAUGACAUUUGCAACAGUGAAGGGAGCAGGGCAUACAGCACCAGAAUAUAAGCCUCGUGAAUGUCUGGCCAUGCUCACAAGGUGGAUGUCUUAUCAGCCCUUGUAAUUGAAAAAUUAUAUCAUUAUUUGUAAUUUAUAUGUUGACGAUGUAAAACACAUUCGCACUCUAUUGUUAAUAAAUCAUCUCAUAUUUAUUUUUGCUCGUUAA